AUUUUCUUCUAGCAAAGUUUUAGCAAAACCUUCACGAUGAACUUCAACAUACUCUUGGUACUUUUGCUACACAUCUUCGCAUCUCUUGCUGAAGUUAACCAGACCACACUGACACAAAAAUGGACCGCAUUUAAGCAAUCGUAUAAAAUGCGUUCCUUCCAUCCGAAAGAGGAAAAUAUCAGAAGAACCAUUUUCCAAAAGAGACUGCAGAAAAUUGAAGAACAUAACGAAAGAUAUAGGAAGGGUUUAGAAACGUAUCAGAUGGCGGUCAAUCGAUUUGCCACUUUUACAGACAAGGAACUGCUUGCUUACACCGGUGGUCUAAAAUUGUCUUCAAAAAACCUUACUUCUGAGUCUUACAUUUUGGCGAAUUUUUCCAAAGUUGCAAAAGUGAGCUUGCCGUCGUCUGUGGACUGGCGAGAACUGGGUAAAGUGACACCGGUGAAAGAUCAAGGGGCAUGUGGGUCUUGUUGGGCGUUUUCAGUCAUCGGAGCGAUCGAAGCUCACUAUAGCAUUAGUUACGAUUUGAACGUCAGUUUAAGUGAGCAGCAAUUACUGGACUGUGCAAGAGAGUGUGAUGGAUGUUGGGGUGGUUAUUUGGAUGCAGCUUACGACUAUAUUAUAAACAGCGGAGGCGUUAGUUAUGAUUCUGAUUAUCCUUAUCAAGCUAUUGACCAUUGUUGUCAAUACGUUGAUGAGUUUAAGCCAAAAGUGGCUAUUCAAAAUUAUAGCUAUUUGUGGCCGUACGAACAAGUGCUACAGUACUAUGUGGCCACGCAUGGUCCAGUUUCUGUGGCUAUUGACGUUGAGGAUGAUUUCGUCUACUAUAGUGGUGGCGUUUACUACAAUGAGUGGUGUUCCGAUUAUUGGUUAAACCAUGCCGUUGUUGUUGUUGGGUAUGGGACUGAAAAUGGUCAGGAUUAUUGGUUGGUGAAGAAUUCGUGGGGGUCGGACUGGGGAGUAGAUGGGUAUAUAAAGAUGGCCAGAAAUAGGGACAAUAAUUGCGGCAUAGCCAGUAGCGCACUAGUUCCAGUACUAUAGAGGACAAAUAACAGACCACUUAUAUUAAUCUCAGUUUGUAUCCAAGUUUGUACUUUAAUAAAGAUUUUUUGUCAUAAA